AGAAAACCUUAACAACGAAAAUAAACACAUGGCCGGAAAAUUAGUGAAUUUGCAAGUUUUCCACCUGCUAUGCAUAUCUUUAAUCAUCUUCGUUGUAUUCUCUGUGAAUGUUGCCAGUGACGAGGAUUACCAGAGAGUGGUGCCGCCGGAAGAUAAAACGACUACGGUUUGGUUCUCUAGGAUCAAACAGUCUGGUAAUGAUUACUGGGCGAAACUCAAAGAGAGUUUAGGUCGUGGUCACGCCCGUUCUUUUCCUCCAAACAUAGAUUUUAGAGGAAAGGAUGAUGCAUCAAUGGGAGCAGGAGGAAAGAUGAAAGAGGCGGUGACAAGGAGCUUCGAGCAUAGUAAAGGUACAGUGGAGGAAGCUGCAAGAUCAGCGGCGGAAGCGGCGUGUGAUGCGGCGGAAGCGGUUAAAGAAAAGGUGAAGAGGAGCUUUUCCGGCAGCGAGACGACUCAGCAGCAGUCAGGUGGUUCUGAGGAGCUCUAAUUACGAGGAUUAGAUAUUGAAACGAGACAGUUUCGGAAGAGUAUCGAAACAUGUCAUUGCUUAUUUGAUUUCUACGUCAACUCGCGUGUUUGUUUUCUCUAAAUAGUAUGUACACAACACAACUAUCACGUCACAUGAGGGAUUCGAGAUCUCAUAUUCAAAUAAGUAUAGAGUUAUUAAUGGUUACUCACAAAUAUCUUUUUUUUUUCUCUUUUCUCUUUUUCUUUUUUUUUUGCCAGCAAGCCCAAAAUAUCUACCUGUGACCCAAAUAUCCAUUUAUUAAAAAAAGGUGUGAAAAUCAUUAUACAAAUGACAAUUACAAAGACCAUUAAUCGGUGUGUUAUUUUUCACACUCGAGAUGCAAAACAACUAUACAAAAUUAUGUAAACA